UCUACUCAAGUGUGGUGAAACUGAUCUCUCUUGGUACGCAUGCAUGCAGGAGUAAAUGAUGGCGGCGGUGGACUACCCAUCAACGGCGGUGGAAUGGGCAAUGGCAGAGCUGAUGAACCAGCCGGACCUCAUGGCUCAGGCGGUGGAGGAAAUCGACCGGGUCGUCGGACCGGACCGGCUGGUCCAAGAAUCCGACAUCGGGGAGCUCAACUUCGUGAAGGCGUGCAUCCGGGAGGUGUUCCGGCUCCACCCUGUUUUCCCAUUCAACGUCCCCCACGUCUCCACCAAGGACACCACCGUCGCCGGCUACUUCAUCCCCAAGGGCAGCUGCGUCCUCCUCAGCCGCUACGGCCUCGGGCGCAACCCGAAAGUCUGGCCCGAUCCUCUCCGGUUCGACCCGAUGCGCCACCUCGGGAGUGAUCAGGCCGUGGUCCUGACCGAGAACGACCUCAGAUUCGUGUCGUUUAGCACCGGACGGCGGGGCUGCGUGGCGGCGGUGCUCGGCACGUGCAUGACGGUCAUGCUGCUCGCCAGGCUCCUCCACUGCUUCGCCUGGACCCUGCCGGCGGACGGCGGCGGCGUCGAUCUCGCUGAAGCGGAUGAUGUGCUCUCUCCAGCCACACCCCUCACGGCGGUUCCGGCCCCGCGUUUGGCUCCCCGUCUGUACCUUAACCUCAACUAAUACUAAAUCUGUACCUUUGUACAAGUUGAUGUUCCUUCAGUUUUUAAUAAUGAUCGUUCGACAUCUUAUCUUUCAUCUUUCAAAAUAUACCCGUUUGAUGUUCUAAAAUCGUUGGUCGGAAUGUCAUUUGAAUCUGAAGUAUUUAUGAUUUAUAUAUUAAAGUUUUAAAAAAAAAUAUGUAGUGUGUAAAUCGUGCAUGAACUGUUGUGAACCCAUCAUAAGAUUUGCUAUAAAACUAUCGCAUCCUUAUCAGUGCAGGAAUGGAGUUCAAAGUGAAUACUAUAUUUGUUUUGUUAUCGUAUAAGACACACUACUUUAAAGCACCGAGAUGAAACAAUUGGUGAAUUGUUUUGAUUUUUAUAUUAAUAAAUAAUUCAUAGGUAGAUUCACCACUUUACUGGGGAGAGUAUAUAGAAUGUUGUUGUACAUGUCUCGUGUAUAUGGAGAGCACGAUAAAUGUGGAUAUUCGAG